CUGGUUGCCGGAGCGUCGUCAAUGGGAAGGGAACGCCGCGUUGGAAAAAGCGCACACUGUUUAUCCAACUUUCAGCUGCACCAUGGUUUGCACCUCAGUUUCGUGUUUGUGGACUAUAUUUUGCCUUCAUUUAUGUUUUUAUGUGAACACUGGAAUAGCACAGAACACAAGAGAGGUGACCCUGCUGGAUUCAAAGGCGCAGCAGACAGAGCUGGAAUGGAUAUCGUCUCCUCCAAGCGGGUGGGAAGAGAUCAGCGGCUUGGAUGAAAACUACACACCCAUUCGCACAUACCAGGUCUGCCAGGUCAUGGAGCCAAAUCAGAACAAUUGGCUACGGACUAACUGGAUUGAGAAGGGCGAUGCCCAGAGGAUUUUUGUGGAGCUGAAGUUUACCUUGAGGGAUUGUAACAGCCUUCCAGGGGUGGUUGGCUCUUGCAAGGAGACGUUCAACUUGUACUACCAGGAAGCCGACGUGGAGGUGGGCAGGAAUAUAAGAGAGAGUCAGUAUGUGAAAAUUGACACUAUAGCUGCGGACGAGAGUUUCACUCAGGGUGACCUGGGGGAAAGAAAAAUGAAGCUCAACACGGAGGUGCGUAUAAUCGGGCCCCUCUCCCGCCGAGGCUUCUACCUGGCCUUUCAGGAUGUAGGUGCCUGCAUCGCUUUGGUCUCCGUCAAAGUGUAUUACAAGAAGUGUUGGUCGAUUAUUGAGAACCUGGCCACGUUCCCAGAUACGGUGACGGGAUCUGAGUUCUCGUCGCUGGUGGAAGUGGAAGGCACAUGCGUCAGUGACGCAGAGGAGGAGGCUGACAACUCUCCCAAAAUGCACUGCAGCGCUGAAGGAGAGUGGCUGGUACCCAUUGGGAAAUGUAUAUGCAAAGCUGGAUUUCACCAGAAGGGUGAUGCGUGUGAACCCUGUGGUCGUGGAUUCUACAAGUCUUCAUCUCAGGAUCUUCAGUGUUCCCGUUGUCCCGCACACAGUUAUAACGACAGAGAGGGCUCAUGGAGAUGUGACUGCGAGGACGGCUACUACAGAGCCCUCUCUGACCCCCCAUCUGUUGCCUGCACUAGGCCACCAUCAGCUCCUCAGAACCUGCUUUACAACAUCAACCACACCACCGUCAGCCUAGAGUGGACCCCACCGGCUGACACGGGCGGCCGUAACGACGUGACGUACCGGAUUAUAUGCCGCCGCUGUACCUGGGAGCCGGAAGAGUGCUUUCCUUGCGGGAGCAAUGUUGGCUACGCGCCACAGCAGAGUGGAUUAACGGACACCUACGUCAUCAUCACCGACCUGUUAGCGCACGCAAACUACACCUUUGAGGUCGAGGCCGUGAACGGCGUGUCUGACCUCAGCCGUACCCAGCGACUGUUUGCGGCCAUCAGCAUCGCAACCAGCCAAGCAGCCCCAUCUCAAGUGAGUGAGGUGAUAAAGGAGCGAGUUCAGCAGCACAGCGUUCAGCUCUCCUGGCAGGAACCAGAGCAGCCCAAUGGCGUCAUCACCGAAUACGAGAUCAAGUACUAUGAGAAAGACCAGAAGGAUCGCAUUUACUCCACCGUGAAGUCAAAGUCUACUUCAGCCACAGUCAAUAAUCUGAAGCCAAGCACAGCGUACAUCUUUCAGAUCCGAGCAUUCACCGCCGCGGGAUAUGGCACUUUCGGUCCCAGAGUAGAGGUCACCACCAAGGAAGAAUCCACUGGAUCUGGUGAGCAAAACACUACAGUCAUAUCGAGUGAGCAGAAUCCAGUCAUCAUUAUUGCGGUGGUGGCAGUAGCCGGUACCAUCAUCCUGGUCUUCAUGGUGUUCGGUUUCAUCAUAGGGAGAAGACACUGCGGCUACAGUAAGGCCGAUCAGGAAGGGGACGAGGAGCUCUACUUUCAAUUUAAAUUUCCAGGCACCAAAACCUACAUUGACCCUGAAACCUACGAGGACCCGAACAGGGCUGUCCAUCAGUUCGCAAAGGAGCUGGAUGCCUCUUGCAUUAAGAUUGAGAGGGUUAUCGGUGCAGGAGAGUUUGGAGAGGUGUGCAGCGGACGACUGAAGCUGCCGGGAAAGAGGGAUGUGUCGGUUGCCAUAAAAACGCUGAAAGUAGGCUACACUGAAAAACAAAGGCGGGACUUCCUGUGUGAGGCCAGCAUAAUGGGCCAGUUUGAUCACCCCAAUGUGGUCCAUCUGGAGGGUGUCGUCACCAGAGGAAAACCAGUCAUGAUAGUAAUUGAAUACAUGGAAAAUGGCUCAUUAGAUGCAUUCCUCAGGAAACAUGAUGGGCAGUUCACUGUGAUUCAGCUAGUGGGAAUGCUGCGCGGCAUCGCGGCCGGCAUGAGAUACCUCUCAGACAUGGGCUACGUCCAUCGCGAUCUGGCGGCGCGAAACAUCCUUGUCAACAGCAAUCUCGUAUGUAAAGUGUCCGACUUCGGCCUGUCCAGAGUGAUUGACGAUGAUCCCGAAGCUGUCUACACAACAACGGGUGGAAAGAUCCCAGUUCGGUGGACAGCAAUGGAAGCCAUCCAGUACCGUAAAUUCACAUCAGCUAGUGAUGUAUGGAGCUACGGGAUUGUCAUGUGGGAGGUCAUGUCCUACGGAGAACGACCUUACUGGGACAUGUCCAAUCAGGAUGUCAUAAAGGCUAUAGAGGAGGGAUAUCGUCUUCCCGCCCCCAUGGACUGCCCUCCUGGCCUCCAUCAGCUCAUGUUGGACUGCUGGCAGAAAGACCGAGCAGACCGGCCCAAAUUCGACCAGAUUGUCGGCAUCCUGGACAAAAUGAUCCGCAAUCCUAACACCUUAAAAACGCCAAUGGGAACGUGUACACGACCCAUAAGCCCACUGCUUGACCAGAACACUCCAGAUUUCACCUCUUUCCGAUUGGUCAGUGAGUGGUUGGAAGCCAUCAAGAUGGAGAGAUACAUAGACAACUUCACAGCUGCCGGCUACAGCUCGCUCGAAUCUGUCGCUAGAAUGACUAUCGAGGAUGUAAUGAGUUUGGGAAUCUCCUUGGUGGGCCAUCAGAAGAAGAUCAUGAGCAGUAUACAGACUAUGAGAGCCCAGAUGCUGCGUCUUCACGGGACGGGCGUUCAAGUGUGAUGGGCGUCCGCAGCCCUUCCCGAUCAGAUGAACCAGAACUCUCCAGGACAGCACCGCAAAGUGUGUGGCAGCAAAAAAAAAUAUGAAAAAACAAAUCAACAACAAAGAAAAAACGUUCUGCACCCUUGCAGUGAGAUUAACCUUCCAGAACUGGCAGAACAGAAUCAUUCCUUUGUUAUUGGCGAAGGAUUUUGGCGAAGGUGCUGGAAACCAAGAGACGGAGAGAAAACGCAAACAGGCAAGAGAGAGAAUCCUAAACGGACAGUGACCUCUGGAUGCUCUAAAGAACUCAUCGCGUCAUUGAGAUGGAGCAUUCGAGAGGAUUUUUAUGCUUUGUACGGACUGUCUUUAUCGUCACAAAAGGUUGAUUUGCUCAUAGUUGCUAUAGAGUUCACUGAUUUCUUUUUUUUUUAAUCAAGGGUGAAUAUAAAAAUAAGCAAAUCCAGUUCAUAAGGAGUGAAUUUGCAGCGAUUUCUUUUGCUUUGGUUUGUAAUAUCCACAUUAAGACAAUGUGGGACGUUACUCUUCUACUCGAUCGAUUUGUGUUGGCUUGUUUUCUCGGAUUGUGUUACAGAACUGACAACAGGGUAAAAUGUCUCAUCUGGAGAGAAAAAGACGGAACCAGAGGCUGAAAGUCGACAGAGGAGGUUUGUCUUCUCCAGCCAGCACUAUUUACAUGAAGCUCUCUUCAGACUGAAGCAUUGGCAGAGAGUCGGGCCGAGCCGUUCUUUUAUAUCAAGCAGAAAUAUCCCACAGCUUGGUUACGUGAAGCUCCUGAGAGUGGCUGGUUGUGUUUAAGAACAGCCCGAGCAGACGGUUAGGUAUAUUUUAUGAUCCUACAUGACAAUUCAGAUGUGAAUUAGUACAAAAAGAAUUGCUAACCACUUCAGGUGGAGUUUUUUAAAUGUAAAAACAACUAUUACAGUGGCAAUAUUCUUUAUAAGUUUAUAUUUACCCUACCACAUGAAUGGAUUUAUCAGUGCUGUUGUUGAAUGUGUCCUUUUUAAUAUUGAUAUUAUUUACCAUGAAUACAUGUUUCCAUAAAGAUACACAAAAAUGAAAAAAAAAAAAAAAAAAAAAAGUUAGGCUAUUUUAAUUUCAUUGUUUCAGCAACAGUAUAAUUUUGGUUUAGAAUCAGUUGGUUUCCUAGCAGGUGACUGACUUUAAAAUCAUAUAAUGUUGUGGUGUAAAGGAGUAAUACUGCCUUAAAACAAGUCAACUAUUGCUCUUAUUUUUAGGUACUUAGAUACUUUGUAUGAUCACGGCUGAGUUGAGGAGAGACUGACCAAUAUGAGCAAUAAUUUGAGGUGCUGUAUAUACUUUUACUCACAUACUGCUUGGAAAUCAGCAGCAGUGCUGUGAAAUUUGAUCAAAGAGAGUUGGUGAAUUUAUAUACGAGGAUCUCUUUCGGUGUGUUUCUUCCACCCUUUUGUUGUGCUGAGCUCAAAGAUGAGGUUUACGCUCAAGUUUUAGUGCCAUAACAGCCUUCCACGCUCAACUGAAUGUUUUGUUGACAAUUAAAUGUUACGCAUUUUAGUGUUAAAUACUUUGAGGAGUACUGUAGACCUUUUAUUAGCUGGGCUGCCACAAAACUCUACCGUUUUAGUCAGCUUUGAGCUGAAGUAGUUUUGUUUUAUUUACUACGAAACCUUAAUGUGACACAUUUUAAACACACACAACAUGUUUUCCAUUAUUUUGGGGAGCCAAUGCCAUUUUAACCACAACAGCCGUGCCAACAUGUGGCAUUUUUCUUGAUUAGAAAGAAAGCGAAGGCGGAGCCGUUGGAGCGCAGCAUGACUGGUGGAUUUAGCCAAACGGUUGGCGCUUCAAAAAAGCCAUUGUGUACCACGCCAUCUCCAUUGUGAACCCAGCUGGUUUGUCUCAUGCGGAUCAUAUCGUAGCCUGGUUAGAGCCUCAUCUCCGAUCCGCUAUCCUUCCAUCUCGCUAACCUCAGCAUUGAGCCCAUGCCAGGCCUUUGAAUUGAAUGUGAGCGGAAAGGCUCUCGGUCAGCACAAACCUCUCGAGCUUCGGCAGUAGCUGCAGUCACUCAGAUCAGCCUCCCUGCAAGCUCUGAUCUCACACUCCGGCCUCCCAGGGGCCCCUCGCAGGCCCUUACCCUCUCCGCUCGGAUCCGGGCCUUUGUAGAGACAGCAAUUUGAGCCAAUUUGAGAUUAACGCCUGGAUUCAAUCAAUCCCACAUUGAGGCCACCGUACGGGUCAAUGACAAAUCUUUUCUGCUUUGUACCGUUUUUAACUUUUCUGGUUUGAUGGUAGCAGAGUUUUCGGUCAAGACGGUUUGCGCUGUGGAUUGAUUGAGUUCACGGUGCAGCAGGGUAUUAAAGACUUCUCGAAAGAUGCUAGAGAGCCCACCUAGACAAAAAGUAAAGUGGAAUAUUCCAAAGAGUUCAGCACUGUUGAUUGUGUCAGAGUAAUCACAAACCAGAGGACAAUUUGUAUAUGCUCUAGCUGUAAAACUUGUAUAUUUUAUUUAUAAUUGUGGUUUCUUUACUUUGUUUUUCACUUAAGUACUCUGUAGUUAGCUCAUUGAAAAUGCACUAUAUUUUUCUAUCUCACAUGCAGCUGAUUCUCGUCACCCUCACUCUUUCAGUUGUACAUAAUUUCUCAUUUAGGACCAAAGAGAGCUAAUAGGUUUCCAUUUUAGAAGAGUAUUUUUUUUUUUCUCUUUUAGGUUGGAAAAAUGUACAGUACAAAUUAAUUGUCGAUUUAUUAUUUAUUUUUCUGUGACAAGAGUAUGGAGAGUAUUCAUUGGUCAAAAAAAAGUAUUUUCCCCAGUUGAGAAACUGUAUGGUCAUUUACCUAGACGAUUUCUUGUUACAUAGACCAUUUUUUCUUUUGCUUUGUAACCUUUGUAAUAGACUGUACAUAUAUUUUUGGAAAUAUA